AUGCAGACUACUAUUGAUUUCAUCGCUGAUAUUCCUCUAUAUGGUGAAGAGAAGCCUUUCUUUCUUCAUCCCUCGGCAACUGCUAAAAUCGGCCUUGACGCCAUUAAUACAACCAAUGUCGAAUGGGAGAAUAAACCAGUAACCGUACAUAGUAUGCGUAAUGAUAACAAUAUCAGUUUGGAGAGAAAUGGAUUCUGCUACGUCGAGCAUGAGUCUAAAUAUGUCCCAAGUCUCGGAGUAGAUACUGAACUGAUCGAAAAGUACCGCGCCGAGAACGAGGAGUUGCUUCGAUCCCUCUUCAGAGCAGAUUUUGUUCAUUGCUACGAUUACAAGAUGCGUAAAAAUGCCCCUAUGGCUCUUGAAAACUAUGACCCAAGUGAUCCACUUCUAGUAGAGCAGGUUGCCGUGGGCGCACAUGAUAUAUCUCUGGAUACCGUACCGCGGCUCCUGAAGAAUAUUCUCAACGAGGAGCAGCUCCAAACUUUCUUUCAACCCGGCUACCGUUUUAGACUCAUAAAUACGUGGCGUCCUGUUUUACCGCAAUGCGAAGAUCGCCCUCUUGCAUUGUGUGACUACAGCUCAAUCGACGUAAAUGACCUCGUUGCCACGGACAGAGUGUAUCCAGAUUGGACUCAAGAAAUAUACUAUUUGAAAUAUAACAAAGAGCAGCAUUGGUAUUGGUUGCCUGACCAAAAGUCUAGCGAGCCUUUUCUAUUUCUGACCUACGAUAGCCAUUCAGGUUCAAAUGCCAGGUACUGUCCACACGUAUCCGUAGAAAACUCGAUGGCGACAUCACAAGCGCCCCCGCGCGAGAGCGUCGAGACACGGACUUUAGUCAUUACCAAACUAUGA